AUGGGCCUCAAACCCGCCAUACUCUCUCUCAUUCUCUCCCUCAGCUGCAUCAUCACCCUCGCAGCAGCCGAGUCAUACACCCUUACGGCCUACGCUCCCGCAAUCCGCGCGAUCCACGGCAGACCCAUCAACGCCAGUGGCCGCCGCUUCAUCAUCGGCCUCGGCGCCCCGAUGACUUACUGCCCCGACGUCGUCCCACGUGGUUCCUGCCCACCCGGAAACAUCACCACCGUCGAUGGACUCCUCACGGGGAUGAUGGUCAUGGUACCAGGCGGACAGAACAUCUACGUCGAUUCUGAGGGGUUCGUCGGCUUUACCCAGGCACACUCGGCCUCUUGGCCCGCCAACUCCACCCUGAUGGACGGCUUCUACAGGACCACCGCCAAGUCCUCGUCUCGAUGCGAGGCCGAGCCGCCGACGGACCUCCUCGACUUCUGCGACCCGAAGAACGCCGCCAGCGAGGGUGUGUACGCGUGUCCUUACCCCGACCUCGUGGGGACGUGGGUGCUCGUCGCAGGCAGUGCCCGGUCGAGGGCGCGGCGGGGUGAUUGUGAACGACUCGAGGGGCUGGAGUUGCACGAGAGUGAGAUCGAGCUUGGAGCGUGGCAGUACACGUAA